GUGGGAGAGCCUGACUUCCUACUACCUCGAGAGAGGACACUGAUAGUAGAGUUGAUGAAGAAGAGGCAUCGCGCCUAUGCUUUUAGCGAUGAGGAGCGCGGCAGGUUGGAUGUAGACAAGAUCCCUAUGAUCCGCAUCCAUACCGUGCCACAUGAGCCAUGGAACUUAAGAGGGGCACGAUAUCCUAAUCCUGACGAAGAGAAGAAGGUAGUGGAUUACCUCGAUGGCAAGAUACGCACGCGCGUCGCCGAUUAUUCAAGCGAACCCUACGCGUCCCCGUGGUUUUGUUUCAUCAAACCUAAUGAGACGUUGAGAUGGGUGCAGGAUUUGCAGAGGCUGAAUGCUGUGACUGUGCGGGAUGCAGGAGACUUGCCGAAUGCAGAUGCGAUGUCAGAGUCAUGUGUUGAAAGGUCAAUAAUCUCGCUUAUUGACCUCUAUUCCGGAUAUGACCAGUUUCCGGUCUAUCCACCAGACAGACCGGUAACAGCGAUGCAUAUGCCUCGAGGGCUUAUCCACAUGAAUGUGGCUCCGCAAGGGUGGACGAACGAUGUGGCGAUGGUCCAGAGACAUAUGAUUCGGGCCAUGCAAACAGUUAGUCCGCAUAUUACGCGGCCAUAUAUCGACGACUUGGCAGUGAAAGGGCCAAGGAGAAGAGAGGACGGUGAAGUCCUGCCGGGAGUAAGGCGCUUUAUCUGGAAGCACGUCCAGGACCUUGACAAAAUCAUAGGCUUGCUUGAAGAGUAUAACCUUACGGCUAGUGGAGCCAAGUCCAAGCAUUGCAUGAGGGAAGCUACCAUUUUGGGAUUUGUCUGUAAUGAGAGUGCCCGACGGCCAGACAUUAAGAAAACGGACAAGAUAGUGGAGUGGUCAGUGCCUUUCCACUCGAUAACAGAUGUGAGGAGCUUCCUUGAUGGACGUGCCAUUCGUACGAAGACUAGGCCAGUUUUGGUUAGUUGCAUUGAGGAGUACUACCUGCGCUAUCCUUUUGUCAGGGAGUUCGUGAUGGAUAGAGGAUCGGAGUUUACCUGCCAGGAGGUGCAAGAGUUGUUGUCAAGGUCUGACUUUGCGAAGACAUCCAUGCCAAGAGGAGGGAGGGGGACACGACCGCCACAGAGGCCGUUGGGGGCAUCAAGAGGGUAUGAGCGGCAUAGGUCUCACCACCGAGAGAGCACACCAGUAUACGAUGAUGAGGAUAUUGAGUUGUUCCUGGACGAGUUCUGGGGGUAUGCUGAUCAUAUGGGCUGGACCAUGACCCAGACAAUCGGGAGGUUAAGGGGAGUUGGUAGAUUCGCAGAGCCAAUCGCACAGAUCCGUAGGGAGGCGAGGACGAGGCCAGAGGUGGAGACAAGGAUGCAGGAGUUACGACCAUCACCUGAUGGACCUGAUGGUAGACCUAUCCGCUUGGAGAUUGGGAAUGCAGAGGAGUUCAUCCCCACGUUCGAGCAGUUCAUGCAUAAUCAGGGUAUAUUAAGGGAUGAAUGGGCAAGGACGUUACCCCUAUGGACCCGGAAGGCGGAAAGGACCUUGGCCAGGCAGAUCAGGGACAUGGCCCGAGAUUGGGAGGGCUGCAGAGCGCACUUGAGGGAGGCAUUCCGGCGACCGGAGCCACCUCAACCCAGAGUGAAGAGACGCCUGAGAAGUGGGAGGCAAGGGAACCCUGAGCCCACUGAGGCUGGGCCGUCGCGAAGAGGACGAAAGACGCUCGCCAAGCGAGAAGAGGAGAUGGUACGUGAGACUGAGAGGCGAGGAGCAUACCCUGAGUGCGGAUUGGGACCAAUGGAGUUUCAUCGCUUUACUGAGGGUGGACUGGGAGGAUCUCCACUGCACACACAGGAGGAGAUGCCAGUAUCUGAAGAGCCACUACAAGAGUUGGAGGCACACUUGGACGUCUCACAGUGGAAAGUGCCGCCAGUAAGUGAGGGGCGUGAUGAGCCCGCUGAAGAGGUGCCACAAGAGGAGGUUCAGAACCCUGAGCAUGAGAGGGGACCAAGUACUGAGGGAGGGCGUGUUGAGGAGGAGGUCAUAGAGGUUGAGGAGGAUACUCCCCCUCAGACGCCUGUUGUGGGGCUGAGGCUUAGGAGCCCACCAGAGAGUGCACCCAGCAGAGAAGAGGAAUCAUAGCGAGAGGAGGUCCCACCACCACUGCCAGAGAUGGUCCCGUCGCCAGAAGGAAUGAAAGAAGAAGAGAUUG